UCAUAUUCACACUGGAUCUUGAUUCUUGGGCUGCUGUCCGCCAGGUUUCCGCGCAGCACUUGUCUGUGAUUGGCUGAAAGAGCGAGGUGCCAGUCUCCCUAGGAAACGGCUCCUUCACGCGGUUCAGUCCCGUCAGCGGAGCGCGCACACACGGCAGCCUGCGUGCGUACUGGAGCAAGGUGCGAGCGACUUACCGGAGGACUUUUCUGUGCCUGCGCUUGGAAUCACCCGGAGCAUGAGCUUGCCGUGUUUGCAUCGCUGUGUGAAUUGUGAGCAUUUAAGGGGAAACCAAGACGGAGUUGGCUUUUAAUGUCUUCGGAUCUGUCGAGGAGCGAUGCACACGUUUCUUUUCCUUUAAAUUGUAACGUUUCAGGUGUUUGUUAAGCCACAAGACUGGAGAUAUUUCACCAAGCCAUCAUUUAACGCAGAUUUUUGACUCUACUCGUUUCACAUAGGACUACAGCCCCCGAGGUGAGGCUACAAUCAGUUCGAGCAUUAUUUGUGAGAGCGGGACUUGCCUCUGACCGGAGUUUGAGUCUUCAUCAUGGGCUACGGCGCACGGACUGAAAGAGACUUGAGAGACGGAGGACGAGUGCUCAGACAAGGCGCCCAGAUGCGGCGAACUGUGCCCUGGUUGUGUCUUUUCUUGCUGUUGGAAAUCACUGCUGCUCAAGUUCCGGUGGAUGAUGACUUCAUAGGCCUUGGAGAACUGCCAGAGACCUUCCCCUCAGACCCCCCAGAGCCUCUGCCAGUGUUCCUGAUGGAGCCAGAGGAGGCCUACAUCGUGAAGAACAAGCCGGUGAACCUCUACUGCAAGGCCACACCUGCCACACAGAUAUACUUCAAGUGCAACAGCGAGUGGGUGCACCAGAAGGAGCACACGGUGGAGGAGCGUGUCGAUGAGAACUCGGGUUUGGUAGUGCGAGAGGCCAGCAUCGAAAUCACCCGGCAGCAGGUGGAGGAGCUCUUUGGCCCUGAGGACUUCUGGUGUCAGUGUGUGGCCUGGAGCUCAGCUGGAACAACCAAAAGCCGCAAAGCCCACGUCCGCAUUGCCUAUUUAAGAAAAACAUUUGACCAAGAGCCUCUGGGUAAAGAAGUGUCCCUCGAACAGGAAGUCCUGCUGCAGUGUCGACCUCCUGAAGGCAUCCCAGCUGCUGAGGUUGAAUGGUUAAAGAACGAGGAGGUUAUUGACCCUGCCGAUGACAGGAACUUUUACAUCACCAUCGAUCACAACCUGAUCAUCAAACAGGCACGCCUCUCCGACACAGCUAACUACACCUGUGUGGCAAAGAACAUCGUUGCCAAGCGCCGAAGCACCACUGCCACUGUUAUUGUCUAUGUGAAUGGAGGCUGGUCCACAUGGACAGAGUGGUCAGUGUGUAACAGCAAGUGUGGACGUGGGUACCAGAAGCGUACACGGAGCUGUACCAACCCGGCGCCACUCAACGGAGGGGCAAUCUGUGAAGGGCAAGGCAUUCAGAAGCUCGCAUGUAAUCCACUGUGUCCAGUGGAUGGCCUGUGGACAGAGUGGAGUAAGUGGUCCACCUGUGGGACAGAGUGCACCCAUUGGAGAAGGAGGGAGUGCAACGCCCCAGCGCCCAAAAACGGGGGGAAAGACUGUGAGGGCAUGGUGCUCCAGUCCAAGAACUGCACCGAUGGGCUGUGUAUGCAGAGUUCCUUAUAUCAGAAGUCCUCAGAGCCAAAAGACACCAGUCAGUUGGGAACUCCAUUGGCCCCCAGCACAGAUGAUGUGGCAUUGUAUGUUGGGAUUGUCAUAGCUGUCAUUAUGUGCCUGGUCAUCUCCGUUGCCGUGGCGCUCUUCGUAUACAGGAAGAACCACCGCGACUUCGAUUCUGACAUCAUCGAUUCAUCUGCCCUUAAUGGAGGAUUCCAGCCUGUCAGCAUCAAGACGGCUCGCAAAGCAGAUCUUCUGACAGCUCCUCCUGACCUCACCUCCGCAGCAGCCAUGUAUCGCGGGCCAGUGUAUGCUCUUCAUGAUGUGGCCGAUAAAAUCCCAAUGACCAACUCUCCUCUGCUGGACCCUCUGCCCAACCUGAAGAUCAAAGUGUACAACUCCUCAGGACUAGUGACCCCACAGGACGACCUAGGAGGGGAGUUCUCGUCCAAACUCUCCCCCAAGUUACCUCACAGUCUCCUGGACAACAGCGACACUAUGGGCCGGCGCACACAGACACAGACACUGCUGCGCACCAGAGACCCCUCCUGCACUGCCCUGGGCUCCUUCAGCUCACAGGGGGGACAUCUCAUAGUGCCCAACUCAGGGGUGAGUUUGUUGGUUCCAGCGGGUGCCAUCCCUCAGGGCCGAGUCUAUGAAAUGUAUGUGACAGUUCAGAGGAAGGACAACAUGAGGCCCUCAGUGGAAGAUGGACAGACUGUGCUGAGCCCUGUGGUGAGCUGCGGGCCCCCCGGAGCCCUGCUGACCCGGCCCGUCAUCAUCACCAUGCACCACUGCGCUGUGUGUGAUGGACAGCAGGACUGGCUGAUCCAGCUCAAGAGCCUAUCUCCACAGAACCAAUGGGAGGAUGUGGUUGUGGUUGGAGAGGAGAACUUCACUACACCAUGCUACAUCCAAAUGGAUGAUGAGGCCUGCCACAUUCUGACCGAGACCCUGGGGACAUACUGCCUGGUGGGACAGUCUCUCAGUGCCUCCACCACCAAACGCCUCAAACUCGCCAUUUUCGGCCCCGUGACCUGCCCAGCCAUGGAGUACCAUAUCAGAGUCUACUGCCUUGACGACAACCAGGAUGCACUAAAAGAAGUCCUACAAAUGGAAAAACAAAUGGGUGGAAAGUUACUGGAUGAACCAAAGACCCUUAACUUCAAAGACAGCACUCAUAAUCUGAGACUAUCCAUCCACGAUGUCCCCCACACAUUAUGGAAGAGCAAAUUAGUGGCCAAAUACCAGGAGCUGUCCUUCCAGCAGGUGUGGACGGGCUCUCAGAGGAACCUGCACUGUUGUUUCACCCUGGAGCGCUUCUGCCUCAGCACUCUGGAGCUGAGCUGUAAGAUUUGUGUGCGCCAAGUGGAGGGAGAGGGACAGAUAUUCCAACUGGACACCACACUGUCAGAAGAGUCUCAAAGUAUUGACACAUCUCUACUGGACCCCGCUAGCAACAUCACCACUCUAGUAGGACCAAAUGCCUUUCGAAUCCCUGUAUCCAUCAGGCAAAAGUUGUGUGGUAGUCUGGAUGCACCGCAAACAAGGGGCAAUGACUGGAGGAUGCUGGCCCACAAACUCAAUCUCGACAGAUAUCUCAACUACUUUGCCACUAAAUCAAGUCCCACAGGGGUGAUCUUGGAUUUGUGGGAAGCCCAGCAUUUCCCUGAUGGAAACUUGAGUCGCUUGGCCCAGGUACUGGAGGAGAUGGGGCGCCAUGACACUCUGGUUCCCUCCAACACAGAGCACUGACAUCUACUCACCAGGGACCACCACAUCCCAUAGAGAAGGAAGAAGACAUGCUCUUAAAGAUGGGCCAUAUCCGAAAGCUGAAAAGUCAUUUGGCAUUACAGUGACAUAAACAGAAACAUGUUCAGUUCCUUUGAGGUGGAAGAAAGCACUAGGUCUGCUAAGCCAUGACCCAGUUAAACAUUGGCAACAAAGGGUGUAAAAACUUGGAGGGGUAAACACAAAUCUCUGCCAGUCAUUUCUCUCCCUCUCUCUCUCUUACUGCUACAACAACCCGAUAUUCUGGCUGCAGUUUCCUUGGAAACAGCUGUCCGUUUUUUGGAUAGACUGUGUGAAUAUGUGGACACUGCCCUGGCCCUGGACUACACCCUCUGUGGUGAUUUUUGGAGGUCAAAGGAUCAAAUGGAUGCAGCAAAAGAUAAAGAAGGAGCUCCUUCUCCAAAACAGUCUCCAUGGCUACCCCAAGAAUGAAUAUGUGUUCUGUGAUAACAUAGUAUUUAAUAUGCCUAUUUAUACUCAUCCUUUUUGUACUUUAUGCUGCCUGUCUUUAUACUUUGCAGUGUCUUCAAAUUGCUCUUUAGUUUGACUGUAUCAUAGCCCCCCCUGCUGGACUCCUGCAGUAUGCCAUCCUGUCAGUCAGAACAUGUACAGAAACAAAUGACAGUUAUACUUUAGAUGUUUUUUUUACUAAUCUUAUUUGUUGUAUUAGUUUCAUAUAUUUCUUUGUUUUAAGAGUGAUUAUUUUUCAAUUUAUUGUAAUUAUUUACUUAUUUGUUCAGUUGCAUUUUAACUGUCUCGCUGCUAGGGAGGCAAGGGGCUGUUAAGGAUUUUUCAGGCUAUUUAAAAUCCCACUUUGUGGUGGUUUAUAUUUGAGUGUAUUUAAAAGAACACCUAUAGAUGACAGAAAGAACGGUAAAGAAGAUACUGUACAAAAGAAAGAUGUUUGUGGUUUGUUACACAAAUAUAUUUUUAUAGGACCAAUGCAAAUGAAUUCCACUGCUUUUUACCAAAUAGAUGAAAUACAAAGUAUGAUGGUAAAUCUAUUGUAAAGGGAUCAUGAUUUCAUUCCAGUGUUACUUUGUCCUGAAUGAUACUGAGUUUUGGUGGAGGGCAGCCUAUUUUCGUUUGUACAUUACUGACAGAAGCCAUUGAUGAUCACAAUACUGACUCUGCGAGGACUGUAAAUGCAACAUUCCUUUUGUGAGUGUUCACUUGUUGUCAGAUUUCUCUUUUAUAAUGGCCGUUAUCCCAGUUUUUGAAAAGCAGUCUAUGCAAACUUUGCAUCUUUUUGAAACAAUCUACAUUCUCAAUUCUGCAAUCUCUUGAUGUUUUUGCUUAUUGUGUACAGUGAGAAUGUAACCUGUCUGUUCUGGCAGUGACCAUUUUAUCUGUUAAUGCUUGCAUUUCAUCUGUCAAGGUAUUGUAAAAAGUGUAAGAAAGAAUUUUUAAGACUAAUAAUAAAUUAUAUUUAUAUGCAACAUGGAAUAAUGGCAUCAGACACUAU